GACGCCGUCGCCCGGGAGACGGGGGACGGCGGCCGCCGAGGGCCGAGCGGCGCCGAUGGCGGGGCCGCCGGGCCCCCGCUACCGCCUGCUGUCGGAGAUCGGGCGCGGCAGCUACGGGGUGGUGUACGAGGCGCGGGGCGGCCCCGGCGGCGGGCGGGUGGCGGUGAAGCGGGUCCGCUGCGACGCCCCCGAGCAGGCGGAGCUGGCGCUGGCCGAGCUGCGGGCGCUCAGCAGCCUCCGCCGCCGCCACCGCAACGUGGUGGGGCUGGAGGACUGCGUCCUGCAGCGCCGCCGCCUCGCCCAGCGCCUCCCCCGCCCCCCCGCGCGCUCCCGCCUCUACCUGCGCCUCGUCGAGGCCUCCCUCAAAGGGGAGAGGAUCCUGGGUUCGGCGGAGGAGCCGUGCUACCUGUGGUUCGUCAUGGAGUUCUGCGAGGGCGGCGACCUGAGCCGCUACGUGCUGUCCCGCCGGCCGGACCCGGCCACCACGCGCAGCUUCCUGCUGCAGCUGAGCAGCGCCGUGGCCUUCCUCCACGAGAACCGCGUCGUCCACCGCGACCUCAAGCCCGACAACAUCCUGGUCACCGAGCGCUCGGGCCCGCCCGUCCUCAAGGUGGCCGACUUCGGGCUCAGCAAGGUGUGCGCCGGGGCGGAGCGGGGCCGCCGGGACCCCCGCGGCGCCGGCCCCGGCGCGGCCGCCGCCGCCGCCCCCGUCGACCGGUUCUGGCUGUCGUCGGCCUGCGGGUCGGACUUCUACAUGGCGCCCGAGGUCUGGGAGGGCCGCUACACGGCCAAGGCGGACAUCUUCGCCCUGGGGGUCAUCAUGUGGGCCCUGCUGGAGCGCAUCACCCUCAUCGAGGCCGACACGCAGCGGGAGCUGCUGGGCGGUUACGUGCGGCGGGGCGCCGACAUCGUGCCCCUGGGCGAGGCCCUGCUGGAGAACCCGCGGCUGGAGCUGCCCAUCCCCCGCCGCCGCCGCUCCGCCAUGGGGGAGGGGGUCCGCCGCCUGCUCAGGGACAUGCUGGCCGCCAACCCCCAGGACCGGCCCGACGCCCGGGAGCUGGUGGCCCGGGUCGACCGCGUCACCCUCGGGUCGCCCGAGCGGUGAACGCUCCGGAGAGUCCGCCGUCAGCCUCCUCCUCCCCCCUUCCCUCCGUCUCCCCGCACCGUCGUCCCCCGAGCCCCGCGACGGACAGGUUCUGUGUGACGCGGGGGAUCCCCCCGUCUCCUCCCCCGCCCCCCAGGGACCCCCCAAAUACAGCCCGGAGGCGGUUGCGCCCCCUCCCCUGCUGAACUGUGACCUCCGGGUCCAACAGAGCCAUAGGAGUUUCUCGCCCCUUCCUCUAGGCACGUGGCAGCCCUCUACCCCGCCGCCGCCCCCCCCCCCCCCCCCAAAUUUCAGCCUGGGGUCGGGGAGGUGGUGGGGAGCCCCACGGCCCCGGCCCCGGUCCCUCUCUGGUUCCCGCUCGGAGAUCUCUUUUCCCCCCGCCUUCCGCCCCCAGACCCAAGUGCCUUACCCGGCCCCGCCGACCCUCUCGAGGCCUCGGCCCCCCCACCCCGUCCCCGUCCCCGGCGUUUAGCACAGCGCCGGACGUCCGCCGCGCGCCUGGGCCUCGGCCCCCCCACCCCGUCCCCGUCCCCGGCGUUUAGCACAGCGCCGGACGUCCGCCGCGCGCCUGGCCCGGAGCAGCCGCCUGGGGGAGAGCCGGACCGCCUUCGGACGCCAGCUUGGGCCUGUCCUUCCCGGCUCCGGCCCCCACGUGGGGAAGACCCGAGGGGGUCCCCUGAAAAGGGGGGGAUCCCCCCCGUCCCCGAGGAGGAGGAGAGCAGGCCCCGACGUGGUCGCCGGAAGGAUGCCCUCCCCCGUGGGGGCGCCGCGGCGGGGGGAUUGCCCCCAAGGAGGGGGGUCGGGGGCUUCGGGGGGCCGGUGUCCACCUCUCCCCGCCACCCCCAUCUUCACGUCAGCUUCUCCGUCCUCGCCUCGGAACCACGGUGCCCACGGAGCAAUAAAACCCCGUUUCGUUUCCUCUUUUUACGUUUCCGAAAAGGCGAGAACGGGGAAGGGGUCCGGCGACGGGCGAGAGGGGGGUCGAGGGGGACGGUGGACACCCCGUCCCCUCCGAAGCCCCCCACCCCUCCCCGCAUCCCCGACCUCCAGGCGGAAGACGGACGAAACGAGUUCGGACAUCUAUUUUUACUUCUUUUUUUCCUAUAUAUACAUAUCACGGUUGUGACUUUUUGGCACAGAAGCUGGUAUCCCGGGACCUACCUACGUGCGAACGACUUUAUAGAGGUUUUUUUCCUCCUUCUUUCCCUUUUCCUGCACUCGGGUGGGUGCGAGAGGUCGUAUUUAAGUUAGCCGAACGGUGAGGUGUGGGGAGCGAGUGGCCGACGGCGUUUUGUGGCGGGAGAGAAACGGUCGUGUGAAUAAAGAGGCCGGAUGAGGUGGAAAAGCCAUACGCGAAACGA